AUGCUACGACCCUACUUCCAGACUCAUCCAAUCGUGGUUGGUACCUCCUUCAAUGUAAAGUUGGUCCUCCACAAACCCGAAGUCUCCGGACGCCUAGCCAAAUGGGCUGUGGAACUAGGGGAGUACGACGUAAUAUUUCGACCUGCCACGGCUAUAAAGUCACCGGUCCUAGCGGACUUCGUGGCUGAAUUCUCCUCUGCCUUACUCCCAGCUUUAGAGCAGGAGGUACGCCUCCGAGGCGAAACUAAGGAAGAGGUAGAAUGGAUCCUGCACGUUGAUGGAUCCAGCAACGUUAGAGGAGCUGGAAUGGGAAUAGUGCUUACCUCGCCGACGGGGAACACAGCCUCUAGGGCCGUGAGAUGCAACUUCAAAGCAACCAACAAUGAAAGCGAGUACGAGGCCCUAAUCGUAGGUCUAACUCUCGUCCACCAAAUGGGGGCAAAAAACAUCCAGGGCUUCGACGACUUCCAGCUGAUAAUCAACCAGAAUUUCAAGAGCUGCAAGCUCACUCAAAUCCCCCGGGAACAAAACUCGCAAGCCGAUGCCCUGGCUAAUCUGUGGUCCGCCCUCGAAGCGAAUAGCCAGAUGAGUACACCCUUGCUUGUGCUUCAAUUGCCAGCCACCCUGGAGGAACCCCCGUCAGAGGAGGUCUCUGCUGUCGAAGAAGGCGAAACAUGGAUGACCCCCCUUGUCCGGUACCUGGAGGCCGACAUUCUCCCGGAAGAUCGCAACAAGGCCAGGAAAAUUAAGAAGCAAGCCGCGAGGUAUUGUAUAUCACAGGAGAAGCUGUACCGGAGAUCCUUCUCUGGCCCGUACCUAAGGUGUGUCACACCUCGAGAAGCUGCUAGAAUCUUUGUAGAACUACAUGAAGGAGAUUGUGGAACCAACUCUAGCGGAAAGAGCCUUGUGCUCAGAGCCAGAAAGGCGGGUUACUACUUGCCCACGAUGGCCGCCGACGCAGACAAACAAGCAAAACACUGCGACAAGUGUCAGAGGCACUCUCCCGUCUCAAAGCUUCCCCCAAAGAACCUCAAGUCCAUAAGCUCACCAUGGCCCUUCAGAAAGUGGGGCAUGGACAUUGUAGGGAAAUUCCCUAUGGUGCCGGGGCAGAAGGUCUUCCUUCUGAUAGUCACUGACUACUUCUCCAAAUGGGUUAAAGUAGAAGCACUCAGCAGCAUAACAAACCUCCAGAUCUACAAAUUCCUAUGGACCUACGUAAUUACUCUCUUUGGGGUCCCCCGAAUAGACAACCGAUACCGGGAGCCUCGCCACAUUCCUUGA